AUGGACAAUCAAAUUAAAGUUAUCAUUCGCUUUAAAUCCAUUUUGAGUACAGAAGAAGAGUCUUCUCCUAAUUGGAUAAUUGAAGAAGAGGCAAUCACAUAUAAAAAUACAAAACAAGAUGAAAUCUUUGAAUUUGAUGUUAUCAUGCCUCCUAUGACACUCUAAGAUGAGAUAUUCUAAACCAUUAUGUUGCCCAAAAUCAGUUUUUUGUAACAAUCCAUAUUUCAUAUCUCUAGCUUAUAGGGGUAUAAUAGUGCGGUGUUUGCUUACGGUGCAACUUCCUCGGGCAAAACCUAUACAAUCUUAGGGCCAGAGAGUACCAUAGAGCAGAUUCUCAAUAAUAAGUUCAAUAUUGACUAGAGUUCUGGCAUACUUCCUAGAUCGUUUUAUCAAAUAGGAUAUCAAAAAAUCAAACAAUAAGAAUCAUUGCAAUAAGUGACUCUCAAAGCCAACUAUGUCGAGAUCUAUAAUGAGCAAAUUUAUGAUCUGUUAAAUUAACAAUAUAAAACUAACAACCAAAAAUUAGAUCUCAAAAUUAGUUCUAUAGCUGAUGGUCCCAAGUUGAUGGGAGUGAGAGAAGUUCAAGUUGAAUCUGUGAACGAUCUCAUGGAAUUAAUUGCCUUUGGUAGUUACAACAGAGCAAUUGGAGCAACCCAAUUCAAUUCCAGGUCCAGUAGAUCUCAUGUGAUUUUCUCAAUUGAAUUGUUUGUUGAAUGGAAGGACAAAUCAUAGAGAACAUCCAAAAUUCAAUUUAUAGAUUUGGCUGGAAGUGAAAGACUCGCCAAAACUGUUGCCAAAGGAUAAAUGCUCGAGGAAACCAAAAAGAUCAACUAAUCCUUACACUGUUUGGGACAUUGCAUUAUGGCUUUAUCCAGCAGAAAAAGCAAUAAACAUGUUCCUUAUAGAGAUUCUAAACUCACCUUGCUUCUUAAAGAAUGCUUAGGUGGUAAUUCCAAUACUUCCUUCAUCUGUGCAGUAAGUGCAGCAUCAGAACAUGAAGAAAAAACCAUCCAAACCUUGAAAUUUGCGUAGAGAGCAAAACUCAUUCUCAAUAAAGUCAAAAUCAACAUCAAACUCAGUUAUGAGUAGAUUGAAAAAUAAAUGACCAUGCUUAAAUAGGAACUAUCAAUGAUGGAAAAGAUUUUAUUGAUGAAUGGCAUCAAAUAUGAUAAACAGAUAUUUAAAGAAUAAAACUUCUAACUCCAAAUCGAUCAAGCCAUGAAUAUCGAUGAGUUAACUGGAGAAUAUAGAAAAUCAUUAAGGAGAUCACUCUAGCAAUCAAGCAGUAAAUCAGAUAUUAAAGAAUAAUUUAGUUAUAGAUUCUAAUAGUAUCUUGAUAAUGAAAAUUUAAAACCUAAACAAAAUUCAAGUCCCAACUCCAAAAGAAUCGGCUAAAGACAAUCAGGAGGCAAUUUAAGAAAAUAAUCAUUGCCCUGCUCUUUAGAUGGUUCAGAGGCAGAACCUGAUGAAAAUGGGGACAAUUAUUUAAACGAAGUAUAACUGAUAUCGGCCUUGAAAUCUAUCAGUGAAACACCAAGAGAAUUACAAUAAUUUAUAAGUGGCAGAGGAUCUUAAAUUAAAUUUCAAACUCAAGAAUCACAAUUUCAAUCUUCUACAACUAAUCAAACUACAAACACUGAAUAAAUGAAAGAAUAGCCAAAGAAAAGAGAUAGUUGUUGUUAAGUCUUUUGA